UCCCCCAGUACGGACUGCUGCGGAGGCGGCUGCUGCUAUCGAUUAGCACCGUGGCCUGGUUGCUCCAGAAAAAAGGCGGACUGCGCCCGGUGCCGGCGGCUGAGACAGCUAGCGGGCCCGCCCGCCCGUCUGCCGCGCGCACGCGUGUUUUGUCCUCGAGCUGGCUGGAACCAGCCGAACAGGAAGCGGGCGCGCGGUGGCCCCUCCGGACAGCGGCGCGGUGCGGGUGCCUCUUCCGCUACCGCCACAGGCCCGCGGGCCGAGGAGGCGCUAUGGGCCUCCUUAGCCGAUCAGCCGGAGCCCAGGCCAACGCAAUCUGGGAAACGAGUCCCAGCACGGCCUCUUUUGCAGGCUGAGGACGGGAGGAGGGGCGCGAGCCAGGACAUUUUAUUUCCUUACAUCAAAGAAAAUGUUAAAGAAUAUCUGCAGACACAUUGGGAAGAAGAGGAGUGCCAGCAGGAUGUCAGUCUUUUGAGGAAACAGGCUGAAGAGGAUUCCCAUCUGGAUGGGGCUGUUCCUAUCCCUGCUGCAUCUGGGCAUGGAGGAGGUGACCCGCAGCAGAUGAUCCAGGCUGUGGUGGAUAACGUGUGCUGGCAGAUGUCUCUGGACCGGAAGACCACGGCGCUGAAACAGCUGCAGGGCCACAUGUGGAGGGCGGCAUUCGCAGCUGGGCGCAUGAAAGCUGAGUUCUUCGAAGAUGUAGUUCCAGCGGUCCGGAAAUGGAGAGAGGCUGGAAUGAAGGUGUAUAUCUAUUCUUCAGGGAGUGUAGAGGCCCAGAAGCUAUUAUUUGGGCAUUCUACAGAGGGAGAUAUUCUCGAGCUCGUUGAUGGGCACUUUGAUACCAAGAUUGGACACAAAGUGGAGAGUGAGAGUUACCGAAAGAUUGCAAGCAGCAUUGGGUGCUCAACCAACAACAUCUUGUUUCUGACAGAUGUUACUCUAGAGGCCAGCGCUGCCGAGGAAGCGGAUGUGCACGUCGCUGUGGUGGUGAGGCCCGGCAACGCAGGGCUGACGGACGACGAGAAGACCUACUACAGCCUCAUCACGUCCUUCAGCGAGCUGUACCUGCCCUCCUCAGCCUAGACCGGGGCCAUAAGGAACACCAGCCCGUCCUCACAGACUUCUCCCUAUAGUCUAGUUUUAUUCUAAUGGUAAAAGUAACGUACUUAAAAACCAUAUAUACACACACAUAGGUAUGCAAGUGUAUAUAUGCGUAUGUUUGAAUUGCCUUCCUCAGGCACAUAAGUGAAAAAAAAAAUCUCCGUUCAGUGAAAAGGAAACUUAGUUAAAGAUGCUUUCUGUGUAGAAAUCAUUUGAAACCACAACUCUAACCCUUACUGAGGGCAAAAUGUAGCUGAUAGAAGAAUUACCACAAUGCAGAUCACACGUGUUAUGUUUAUCAAGUCAUGUACCAACAUGGAAAGGUACGUUCAAGAAGUUACUCAGAAGCCUUGUUAUUUUAAAAACUGGAAGUCUUUCAUAGACUUAGUCCUAAUAAUAACUAAUUCCCCUUUUAAAUUAUGAAUUAGAAGAUUAUGACAGCUGGAUUUCAAAAUAUUAGCCUCCCUCUGUACAAAAGACAAAGCCUAUUUGUUUCUGCUCUGAAAGAGAGCAAAAUUGGGAAAGGAAACUCAUUUGAAUCUUGAUGAAGCAAGUGUCUAUUACUGAAGAAACUUGAGCUAAUCAUUGUGGUUCCCCUAUCUAGGCCUUACCAAUAAAAAAGGUGCAUUGAUGUAACAGCUAAAAUUGGAAUGUGAUUCUUAAUGUUUAACAGAAUAGUCCUAAUCCUGCCAGUUAUCAUUAUGGAUUUUAUAGUUGCCUUUCUAAUACUUUUUAGCACAGUUUGAGAAUAUAUGUUGCUAUUUACUAUUGAAAAACAAAAGGUUUACUGAAAUCAUUCCAUAAGACCCUUCCAGAAGAGCCCUAAUAAUGUAAUAUUUUCCUCUGAAAUGGAUGUGAAGAGUGUAAAUUUUAUAACAGCAUUAUUUAUCCUGGUUCAAUCCAAAUGGGAUGUCAUGUCAGUUUUGUGUCGUGAUUAAUAAAAACAUUUUCUUCUUCACUCA